AUGGGGGUCUGUUCCGUCCUCCGUCCCGUCCCGACCAAUCAGGUGGCGCCAGAUCUCGCGCCCGGCCCUAAGAACCGGCUAGACCCGUACCUCACGGCGCUCGAUAAGCUGUCGGACGCGCUGCGGUUCUUCGAGGCGCACAGCUAUCUGGGCAGCUGCCGCGUGGAGCUGCGGCAGGGGAGGGGGCUGAUGGACGAUGCGGUGGGGCGACUGAAAGAGGAGUUCGGAGAGGUGCUGUCCGGUGCAAGGUGGGCUAGGGUAGGUGUUCGCUUGUUAGUGCUGUCCAUGCCCUCCUCAUUCCAUCCUCAUUCCUCCCCCCCCUUCCGUCCAAUCUCCUUCCCCCUUCCUUCCCUCUCGUUACCCCCUCCCGACUCUCUCCUUCCCCCCCGCUUCUCCCCGUUCCGCCUCCCUCCAGUCUCCUUCCCCACCCCCCCUCCCUCGUUCCGCCCUCCCUCCAAUCCCCUUCCCCAUCCCUCCCCCCUCGUUCCUUCCUCCCUCCACUCUCGUUCCGCCGCCCUCCCCCCUCGUUCCGCCGCCCCCCCCCCCUCGUUCCGCCGCCCUCCCCCUCGUUCCGCCUUCCCUCCACCCUCCCUUCCCAUGCCCCUGGUACCGGAUCGGAAGGCGCUCGUCCAAUCCGCGGCGUGCAUGAAGCCAGGCGAGGCGGUGCCGCCCGUACCUCUGGUUCGGCCCGAGGCUGUGAAGCCGCUUCGGGCCAUGGCAGCGUGGAUGGUGGGCAAUGAGUACGAGGCAGCAUGCCUGCGAGUGUACGAGGAGCAGCGGUCAGCAGCGCUGCUGAGGUGUUUGGAGCGUCUGGGCAGUGCGGCGCGGACGCGCGACGAGGUGGUGGCGCUGCCGUGGGCCGACCUCGAGCCCCUCAUGAAGCGAUGGGUGGAGAACCUCAAACUCACGGUAACAACGGUCCGCUCUGGUCUUGCCUUCGUGCUGAGAGGCUUGCACGCUGCGUAUUCACUUCUCUCCCUCUCCUGCUUCUCUCCAUCCCCCCCUUCUCUUUCCCUCUCCUGCUUUUCUCCCUCUCCUGCUUUCUCCCCCUCUCCUGUUUCUCUCCUUCUCCUGCGUAACUCCUCCUCCCACUCCACUCCUGUUCCCGUUGGUCGUUGCCUGACGGUGACGGCUGCGCCGCGGUCCUCGUCUGUGUGCGUGCAGAUGCUGGUGCUGAUCGCAGCAGAGGAGGCGCUGUGCAGCGACAUCAUCGGGCGAGGCCCCUCCCCCUCCCCCUCCCCCUCGGCACGGGCGCGGUGUCUGACGGGCGUGGCGGUGCCGGCACUGAAGCAGCUGCACGCGUUUGGUGACAUCAUCGCUGACAUGCCGCGCGCACCCGAGCACGUCUUCUCCCUGCUCGAGAUGGUGGAGGCGCUGCUCGACCUCCGCCCUGCUGUGAGUCAUUCACUCAUGCCCCGCCCUGCACCACCUCCCUUCUGGUGUAUCCCUUGCAUUGCACUGCCCCUUGCCUCUGGCCCCACCUCCUCAUUCCCCACUCCUCCUCCCCAACCUGUCUCCCGGCAGGUGGAGAAGCAGUUUCCCGGGGAGGCAGGUGGCGAGGUGCGGCAGCAUCUGGUGGGCAUCUGUGCGGCGCUGUGCCGCACGGUGAGGGGCACCAUCGCUGACUUCCAGCACAUCGUGCUCCUCGACCCCUCUCCUCCCCCCGCCCCCAACCCCCCCCUCCCCCGCUCCUCCUCCACCUCCUCCUCCUCGCCCCCCUUCCCCCCUCCUCCUCCUUUGGUUUCAGCCUCUGGGCAGGAAGGGGGGGAGGAGAGGAAGGGAGAGGAGGGGGAGGGGGGAGGGGGAGGGGGGAGUCACGGGGAGGAGGAUCUGGACUCGAGCCACAGAUCGGAUUCCAGCCAUCGAUCGCACCAUGGGGGCGGUGGGUCACACAAUCGGACGGUGAGCGGCAGCGCGUCGAGCGGGAGGGGUAUUCUGGGGGGGCUGCUGCCGAAGAAGGUCAGCAAGGGGCACGAGGAGGGCAAGGGCGAGGCACGGGGGAAGAGCAAGGCGGAGAGCAAAGAGGGCGGGGGGUCGGCGGGGCAGGAGGUGGUUGUGAGAGGCAGUCCGGACGUGCACCCGCUGACGAGCUACGUGGUGAACUUCAUCCUCCUCUACUUUGACGAGACGCUGUAUCUGGGCACGCUGCUGCUGGUGUACGACGAGGGGGGCGACCACCACCAGGGCGCUGUGCGAGUGGGCGCCGCCACGCGCCACCUGCUGGCGGCGCUCAAGGCGAACCUGGAGCGCAAGGGAGACGUGUUUCACGAUGAGGCGAUGCGCGCCGUGUUCCUGAUGAACAACUGCGAGUACAUCCAGCGCAAGGUGGAGGAGCAGCAUGUGAAGAUGAUCCUUGGACGGGCAUGGGUGGAUGAAAACGCAAAGGACCUUGAGAAGCACCGAGACGUCUACAUUCGAUGUAUUGUGAAUAAGGUGUCGGCUGUGCUGUCGGACCACCGGGGCGACGUGGCGGCGUUCACAAAGCGAGUGCAGGCGCUGCACGGGGUGCUGGAGGGCGUGCAGGCGCAGCAGAGCGGGUGGAGCAUCGGGAAUGGCGACCUGCGCACGUUCGUGCGGGGGGAGGUGGCCUCGCAGGUGCUUCUCCGAUACUCCGACUUCCUCGACCGCCACAGGUCUAUCGUGGAGAGCCGAGCGUGCAAGGUGCGAGUGCUGACACGGCAGGAGAUGCACGCAUGGCUGACGGAGAUAUUCGACAUGAAGAAGCAUGCAUGA